AUGCACCGGAAUACGAGCGUUGCGAACGACUUAGGACUGAAUAUCCGGACCUUUUUUCCUCAGGACCUACCGGGCACACUCCCUCCUGACCGGGGUAUGCUGUUCCACAUCGAGACUCUACCGGGCGCUUCCCCGGUCAACCGCCCCAUCUACCGGUUGUCCCCCUCGGAGUUGGAGGAGUUGCGGCGGACUCUGGACGACCUCUUGGCGAAGGGGUUCAUCCGCCCGAGCAACUCUCCCUGGGGGGCCCCCGUCCUCUUCGCCCCCAAGAAGGACCGGGGCUUGCGCUUUUGCAUUGACUACCGGAGACUUAAUAAACAAACUGUUAAAAAUGCCUAUCCACUCCCCCGGGCCGAUGACCUCAUUGACCAACUCCACGGUGCUAAAUUCUUCUCUAAAAUCGACAUGCGCUCCGGUUAUUGGCAGAUUCCUAUCCACCCCGAUGACGUUACUAAAACAGCCUUCCGCACCCGGUACGGCCACUUCGAGUGGCUGGUUCUACCCUUUGGCUUGACUAACGCCCCGGCCGCCUUUGUGGACCUCAUGCACACGGUCUUUCCAGAUUUGCUCGACCAGGGCGUCGUCAUCUUCCUCGACGAUAUACUAAUAUACUCCGAUUCUGCAGAGGAACACGAGCGGCUCCUCCGGGAGGUAUUCACACGUCUGCGCACCCACGCCCUCUACGCCAAGGAGUCCAAGUGUGAACUGUGGCGUACCGAGGUCACCUUCCUCGGCCACGUCAUCAACGUUGAAGGGGUGUCAAUGGAGGCAUGCAAGGUUGCGGCCAUAACCGCAUGGCCUCAACCCCAGGACCCUGGCGAUAUCCGCUCAUUUCUUGGGAAGGGCGCCUCCACAUUGUACCGGACGCCCUCUCAAGGCGCCCGGACCACAAGCCUGAACCUCCCGCUAACCAACAUGUUCUUGCUGCAGUGUCUCAUUCCCGACCGGGCUUUUCUAACAGAUGUCCGCCUAGCCACUACGGCGGACCUUUACGCCCAAAUGGUCGUUUCCCGCAUGGUUCUGGCUGACACUGCAUUUGAGUCUUUUUCGCUUCACGACGGUUUGCUCUAUAACUCCGAUCGAUUGUACAUUCCCCCCGUGCCAGUACUCCGCACCCGCGUACUCCGAACUAACCCCGACUGUAACGCUUCCGCCCACCUAGGUAUGGACAAGACCGAAGAACUGGUCGCCCGCACUUUCUACUGGCCGGACCUCCAAGCGGACGUCCGGCGUUACAUCCGCACCUGCGACGCUUGCCAACGCAACAAGCCCCGCAACCGCCGCCCUGGGGGACUAUUACAGCCGCUCCCUAUCCCCCAGGAGCGGUGGGAGCAAAUUUCCAUGGACUUGAUUGUGGGCUUACCUAAAACUACGCGCGGAAAUUCCGGCAUUGAUGUCUUUGUCGACCGCCUAUCUUAG